UGUCGCUGGGAUCGCCGGAGCAUCCAGCCCCUACCCCUACCCCCUACCUGACGAGCGCCGCCCGAGAUCACGGCGGACGCGUCUCUGCCUCCUCGUCCACCUCGCCUCCUUCGAUCGCCUCGAGAUGGUUCUUCAUCUGCAAGAUCCCAACCCGAAUUUCUCUCCUCCGUGGCCCAGUCUGGUGUAACGCCCCCGCUCUCCUCGACAGCGGGAUCAGACCUCCAGCCUCAACAGUGGGAUCGGAGUGGGCGGCCACCGCCAUGCUCGCCUGCGGGAUUGGACACCAUCGCCUAAACACUGAAGUAUGCACACUACAAUGGCCUUGGGCAGUAAAUAUACCGGCACUCGCAUGAAAUGGGUCAGCUGUGAAGGCCAGACAUACAGUGGAUCUGCAGUUCAGAUGCCAGCGAUGGUGGGAACCAGGGACUCGUCUUCCAGAUUCCAGCAGCAGCUGGCGGUCGUGACGGCCGGUGCUCGGAUGCCCCAUCAUCAGAGCCAGUUUGGAUUCGAUGGUCAUGUCAGCCCGCAGCAUUACGCUGCUAUGGCGCAUCGUGUUGAUUCCUACGACUUGGCGGCUUAUCAUCUGGUACAAGGUGGAUUCACUCAGUAG